CAACAAAUCCAUUUGAAAAAAUCAAUAUUAUCAUAGAAAAAACCCCUAGAUGAUCAAUGUCCAACAGAAAAUGUGUUGAUGCACAGCAUUAGACAACCUGUAGUGUGACAGCCAAUAGGAAGCCGCCGAGGAGUCACGUGACAGCAAAUUCCCCACAAGGCCAGUGGUGGAGCCGGGCAGCUGCGGGGAGGAUAUGUCGCGCUUCUCUCUGUUUUAAGGCGGGUUUUCUCUCCUUACCGGCCAUACCAGACCAUUUCCUGUUGACGGGGGAUUGGAUUGACACUCGCAAGAAGGAAAUCGUAAAGAUUGAGACUUGCUGUCCACAGCCAUGAAGGCUAUGGAACCAGGGGCACCUAUGAUAUCGGUGCCCGCAGGCGUUCUGAAAGAAUUCAUGUCGCCCACGAAUUCCCGUACUCCAACCCCACCACUAUCUGCUGCAGUUACUGUGUCUAACAUAACCAAUAAAAACUUUUUGCCGACUCUAUCCUCUGCCUCAAAUUCAAAUUCACGAACGUCAUCUCCUAUAUUGCCUAGCUCAAUCGAUAUUUCAGCAGUUACAGUUAAUUCAGUCGCCUCAGUAUCUACUCCAGAAUUGUCCACGUCUGUUGCCCUCACUAAUGGUCAAGUGUCAAAAGAUGAUAGUGUUAGUGACAGUGAGAAUGAAGAAAAUAAAAAAUCUAAAACUUUUGAUAAAAAGGAGGAGGCACCAGAAAAGCGAAGUAUACCUGAAGUGUUAGUUAAUGGUGUUACGUCGGGGGUUAAAAGAACGAGUGAGGAUGAAGGCGGCUCGGAAAAGCCAGAUCUAAAGAAGAUCAGAGUAUUUAAGCCCACACCAGAAGAUGUGCAUAAGAGGCUCCUCCAAAAUCUGGACCAACAUAUAUCGGAUCCCUAUAAACAACGAACCAAAUCCACCAACCAGAUUUCCCCCCCAAAAUUCGGAUUUCUAAAAAAUAAAUCCGGGUUCCGGGCGGGAUAUAGUGAAGUCCGGGUUGACGGUUCUUCACGAAAAACUAUUAAGGAAUUUAAUCAACAUCUGGAUCAAGUCUCCAAGAAAUAUGGGGACAGUGACAUACAAGAAAACAAGGACCUUGCAACUAUAAACGAACUACGAAGUUGUUAUAAUAAUGUUCCGGCGGGAGCUGGAGUUGUUAGUGGUGUUUGUAGUGGGGAUGGAAACAGUUCUGUCGUUGGUCAGGCAAAUGUUGCGACUAGAGCGCUCGUAAACUCGGGACAGUCUAAGGAUGUGGAAGUUUUAACGGCGACCCCUAAAAUGCGCGAAGUGUUGACUCCCAUCUCCAAGGAGAGAGAGAUAAUUAACUCUAAUAUGAGAGAAAGAGUGACGACAGUUGUAGAUAAGGAAAAUAAGCAAAUUAAAAGAAGACUACAGAGACUUCCGAGGAAGGAGUUGGAGAAUAUGAUCAUGCGGCAAUUCAGCGAGAAGACUCUUUAUCAGUGCGAGUUGGGAAAAAUGAAACAGCUGUGUGAGAAGUUGGAGACGACACUAGAAAGCAACCGCAAGAAGACCGCUCAAUUUCAUAAGGAGAUUGAAGACUUGAGAAAGGUUACGAAUAGAUUGUCUGCUGAGCAUUUGUCUCGGAAAGGACAGUACGUUGCUCCAAUAAGAAUCAAGAGAUCAGUUGGUAUUCAAGCAGCACCUCAUAUUAUAAACAAGGGUAUUAUGCACGCCAGCGGGAGUGGUGGUUUGAUAAAGACGAUCGCUCCACGGCCAUCAUCGCUGGUUGGGGUAAGCAGUUCCUCUAGUCCAGUCAAACCCUACCACCUUGUGGCAAGUGAAGUGUGCUCCCCACCAAAUGUCACGUUUCAAACUAAGAUGAUUCCUACUAGCAGCACGCAGCAGUCUCUCAUUACGCAAGGAACUGUUGGAAUUUUGGCUCAGUCUCAACCUAGUAUUGGUCGGCCACAGGCAAUGAAUAAUAUGGGUGGUACCACAGGUCUUCCUACUAUGGCAACUUCCGCACCCGGUUUGAGCACCAUCCGACCCACUGCCGGCCAGAUGCUGAUGAUGACAGCUGCAGGAGCCAUGCAGGCAUUGCCCAGAGCCACUAAUGCAGGUGUUAUCACCAUGGCUAGAGCACAAGAAAAUAUCACACCAGCACCUGCUACUCCACCUGCUUCAGACCCUGGAGAGGAGGAGGUAGCUUCCCUUCAGAAUAGUGUAUUGGUGUUGGAAAGACUCCAGAAUGGAGAGUCGGCUACCAAUAUCAGAAGGGAAUGUGACGUCAAUAAGUCUAGUGUUGGAGAGUGCAAGAAAACUCAAGCUUACCAAUCGCUACUUUGUAAUAAUGAAACAAAGUAUAAUGGAAAUGGCAAAUUUAAACAUAUUGAACCUGCAUUGACCUUUUGGAUAGAAAAUCAAAUGCAGAACCAUGUGCCCGUAUCAGAUGCCAUGAUCCAGAAGAAAGCUUGGCAGAUUUAUGAGCAUAUGUCUUGUGAAGGUGGACCUAGUGAAGAACCUCAGUUUAAUCAUGCUUGGCUCGAAGGCUUCAAGAAAUUUCACCAGUUUCAUAAUAUUUCCUUGACCAGUGAAUUUGGCAGUGCAGAUAAGGGUGCCGUAGAAGAAUUCCUGCCGAAGCUCUUGGAAAAUAUAGAAAAGGGAGGUUACAGUCCAGACCAAGUGUUUAAUGCCAAUGAGACUGAGCUGUAUUGGAAACGCCUUCCUGACUCGACCUUCGUUACCAAAGAUAAAACAUUUGUAUCGGGAUUGGAGACGGCUCAAGACUAUCUCUCUCUCUUAUUGUGUGCUAAUGCUUCUGGGGACUUAAAGAUGAAGCCCAUGAUGGUUUACCAUUCCAAGGAGCCUCAUUCACUGAAGGGCACAAGUCUGUCCCAGUUGCCUGUCUUGUGGAAAUGGAACAAGACGCCACGGGUGACUGCUGAACUCUUUGAAGACUGGUUUGUUAAUUAUGCUAUCCCUACAGUGCAAAAUUAUUGCCAGUGUAAGAACCUUGCAGAAAAGGCCCUCAUUUUAGUUGAUCACGCUCAAAAUCAUCCUCUGUAUCUCAAUGAUAUUCAUGAUACUAUCAAAAUUAUGUACUUGCCAAGGAACACGACAUCCCUUAUCCAGCCUUUGAGCCAAGGAAUAUUUACUCAACUGAAAUGUAUGUAUUUGAAGUCAGUAUUACAGAAUCUCUUGUUGGAAACAGAGGGAAAGGAAGCCAAUGAUGUGAAGGAGUUUUGGAAGUCUUACACAAUUAAAGACUGCAUAAUGUGUAUUUCCAAGUGUUGGUGUUCCAUAUCACAGGAGACAUUAAACUGUGUGUGGUAUAGUAUGUGGCCAGCUGUUGUGAGUGACUUUAAGGGUUUUCCUGACAGCAGCACAGAGGUGCAAAGAAUUGUAGAGAUUGCUUGUAAAAUUCCCGGUGAUGGCUUCAGUGACAUCACCAUUGAAGAUAUAAAUAAAUUAUUAGAAUCACACAAGGAGACAUUUUCAGUUGAUGAAUUGAUUAAAGUGUGUGCAAGAGCCAAGCACAAGGAGUGUGCAACUGUGUCUACCAAGUCUGCUAAUAUUGCAGAAGGAAAGAAAGAACAACUUGGAGUUUUCUUGGAAGAGCUUCUUAAAGCACAGCAGUGUCUUAAAAUUGACCCUGACCUAGAACGCAGCGCAAAUGUCAGUUCUUUCAUUGAGCAAGGUAUUUCUAUUUUCACUGAAGCCUAUGUAAAGUGUCACAAAAGUGGACCGAGUUAAUUGUUCCUGUGUAAGCUGGAUUUGACUAUGGCAUCUGUUUGCUAAUCUAACUUAAUAGGCAGUGUAAUUUUCAAUGUACAGUACAGCAUAUUUAAAUUUAUCACGUGUAGAUGAGAAGUUUUUAAAGGUUUAGCAACGUAUGUAAUGUUUUGCUUUUUAUACACGGCAUAUACAUGUGUUAUCAUGUAUUUACUUAUAAUGGAUGCUCUAGCCUUUUAACUAAAGCACAUUAUUGUAUAAUAAUGAUAUACCUGUCUAUUUAUAUUAGUAAUAAGGACUUUUUUAAUUGAGUAAAUAUUUCAAGGUUUGAAUAUUUGAAAUUUGAAUCAGUUUUGCAAGGGUUGGAGUAAUGCAAAUAUGACAAAAAUAGGAGCGGUUGUUGUGCAUUAAUAUGCUAGAUAAGCUGACAAUGAGUCCAAUAACAGGGCUGAAGAAUGAUGACCAAACCACACUUUUCAGAAGAUUUAGAAGCGACGAUAUUUCGGUCCAUCCUGAACCCUUAUCAAGUCGUGUUUUAUGAUUUGAUAACGGUCCAGGACGGACCAAAACGUCGUCGCUUCUCCGUCUUCUGACUUGUGCUUUGGUCAUCAUGGUAGAUAAGGAGUGGAGGGACUCUGACUUUUCUUGGGAAUAUUCUCUCCCUUAAUUUAAGGUGAAUCUGGUUAGAUUUAAAAUUAUGAUACCAAGCUGUAUUUUGUUUUGGAUUUCUUUUAAUAAGCUCAUUUAGUAAUUGACUUUUGUACAUGUUUUACAGCACAAUUCUCCACAUGGUUCAUAUAGUAUGUACAUGUGUGUGGUAUGUGUAUAAUAUAUAUAUAUAAAUGUGGUAUGUACAUAAUAUAUGUAGUUUGUGCAUAAUAUAUGUGGUAUGUACAUAAAAUA